UUCUCGGAUAAACCCAAUUUAAGUUGGGUUUGUUACUGUCUUCCUCAGAUCCGAGAAUCACCAAUACCCACUUUUCCAGAAUUGAACAUAGUUCUGUAAAAAACCCAGUUAAAUUUCGAAACUUUGUUGCAAGCCAAUUUCAAUUCAAGCAUUGUGAUUGUAAAUUCUGAGUUGUAGAAUAUGCAAUUGAGUGUAGCAACUUUGGCUGAAACAUUGUAGAAGCUUAUUGUCUCAGUUCUGAGAUUUGUACAUAAAGAACUUAGUGCAGUGAUGUCCUUUUCUUUCUGUGGAUGAAUCGUCGCAAUAGAAUACGAUGAGUUAUAUGUUACCAGUUGAAAUGGAAUCAAUAGAUAAUGAAUCGAUACAUGAAUUCAAAGAUGAGAUUCUUUCUAUUCCGGAGAUGAAGGCUCAAAAGUCGCAACCCAUUCAAGAAUUGGGGGAAGGGUCCUUUUCAGGAGGUUUACAAGCUAAGGGUGAUGAUAAAAUGUGGAGGAAUGUUGUUUGUAGGAGUAUAAAGACUGUAGUUUUGUCAAACAAACUCAACAUGCUUAUGCCUUUUGGGCCUCUAGCAAUUUUUGUCCAUAUAUUCACUGGCCAUAAUGGGUGGGUCUUUUUCUUGACCUUGUUGGGUAUAACUCCUUUGGCUGAGCGUUUAGGUUAUGCUACAGAGCAGCUGGCAUUCUAUACUGGACCUACUGUUGGGGGUCUUUUAAAUGCUACUUUUGGAAAUGCAACAGAACUGAUUAUAUCAAUUUAUGCACUGAAACAUGGAAUGUUACGCGUUGUUCAGCAGUCAUUAUUAGGCUCUAUUCUGUCAAAUAUGCUGCUGGUGCUUGGAUGUGCAUUCUUCUGUGGUGGGCUUGUUUUUCAAGAUAAGGAACAAGUGUUUAACAAGGCAACUGCUGUUGUGAACUCAGGCUUGCUAUUAAUGGCAGUCAUGGGACUACUUUUCCCAGCUGUUCUGCACUACACUCACACUGAGGUGCAUUUUGGGAAGUCGGAGUUGGCACUUUCAAGGUUUAGUAGUUGCAUCAUGCUUCUAGCAUAUGCCAUAUAUCUUUUCUUCCAGUUAAAGAGUCAAAAGAAUCUAUAUGUUCCUCUAAAUGAGGAAGGGAGUCAAAAUGAAGAGAACUCAGAUGAUGAUGAUGAGACACCCGAGAUUUCUAAAUGGGAAUCAAUAAUUUGGCUUAUAAUAAUGACGAGUUGGAUCUCAUUCCUAUCAGAAUAUUUAGUUAAUGCCAUAAAGGGAGCAUCUGUAGCAUGGAAAAUCCCUAUUUCAUUUAUUAGUGUUAUCUUGCUCCCAAUUGUGGGUAAUGCUGCAGAGCAUGCUAGUGCUAUUAUGUUUGCCAUGAAGGACAAGCUUGACAUUUCAUUGGGAGUGGCAAUAGGGUCAUCGACACAGAUAUCUAUGUUCGGGAUUCCUUUUUGUGUAGUUAUUGGGUGGAUUAUGGGACGCCCCAUGGACUUGAACUUUCAACUCUUUGAGACAGCCACACUUUUUAUAACCGUCUUAGUUGUAGCCUUUUUGCUGCAGGAUGGAACCUCUAAUUACUUUAAAGGGUUGAUGCUUAUUCUUUGUUAUCUGAUAGUUGCAGCAAGUUUCUUUGUUCAUGUAGAUCCUUCGGCUGCAGAUGAAGCUGGAACUUAGUCGAUUCAUGGAAGCUGUUGAAGAUGACUAUAAAAGGAGUCGGGUCUAUUGGUGAAAGGUUAUAUACAGAAUGGCAGGUGAUAUUGGAGAUGAAAUGUAACUGAAACAUGCUCAACGUAGCCAAUGAUUCCAAAGGUGCAUCUGCAAAUGCUACGAGUCAUUGUUCUGUUUGUACAUAUCAGAGAUCUCAACUUUUUUUGUUUUUAGCCAACUGCUACUUGUUCUUGUUGAGUGAAUAUUAUUGAGCAGGUGUUGUUGCAGAGCUUUCUCUUGGGUGGCAAGUCUUGACUAAGAAUCUAAGAUGAGGGGGGGAGUGGUGUAUGCAACUUUAAAAAAAUUCGUAUACAUUCUUACAUUCUUUUACCAUUACAUGCCGUUGUGUCAAUGCUUUCAACGGAAUUUUGCA